GACUGGCGCCCAAGCCUGGCCUUUUCCGUCCGCCUGUCUGCUGUCACUAAAAUGCAAGUAACAUGUUCGCGAGUCAAGCUCGACCACACUGUCAAGCCUCACCGUCGAACUGAAUGUGCAACCCAUCAACAUGGCCCGAUGCAAGCAGGCUAGCUCAGGGCAACGUGCGCUGCUAUCUGGUGGCUAACCUCAAUUCAUGCCAGCCCUAAACACAGCAUCGUUUCGUUGUCUCAGUGAUACAGGCUCUGUGCACACAACAGGCGGCUAACUUGGUCGCGUCGCAGAACAUCGGCUCGCCAGACAUCGGACCCUUCACUGUCACUUGUAGAUGCGCGCAGGGAAGCCACGAUAACCGAAACCAGGAUCUACGACGAAGCCCAAUCUGCCGAAGAUUACGACCGUUUAUGCGAAGCACACAUGGCAUCCCUCCCCCAACAGUUACUCAGCUUUCCAACUCCAGAGGAUGAUGUCUAUGUUCCAACGCCUGGCGGUAUAACUAUUGGCAGCUACCAGAAUGCUGUGUACCAUCGCGAGGGCCUUUUCUCGGCCGUCUACAAGGCGCCUGCUUUGGGCGACAAGGGGUAUUUUCCUUCCGAGACUUCCAUCAAGACCAAAGUCGUAGCUCUCAAAGUCACGACUCCAUCUGUCAUGGAGCCACCCCAUGACUCCAAAAGGGAAGCUCAGAUCUUGAAACUCGCAGCCUCCGACCGUGUCAUAUCACUCAUGGACACCUUUCGCGAAGACGGGAGUCGAUUCGUGCUGGUCUUCCCCUUUAUGCAAUAUGAUCUGCAUGAGCUAUUGCAACAUCGAAAACUCUCAAAAGCGCAGGUAAAAAAUUGUUUGAAAGAUUUAUUCACGGCUCUCGCCUACAUACACAGCCAGGGAAUAAUCCACCGCGACAUCAAACCUUCCAACAUCUUACUCAAAUCGCUCGACGGGCCAGCCUAUCUCUCAGAUUUCGGCAUCGCGUGGGCUCCCGACACAACAGGCUCGGAAGCAGCCGAUUCCAAGAUCACCGACGUUGGCACUACCUGUUAUCGGCCGCCAGAGCUUCUGUUCGGCAACAAGCGCUACGGCUGCGCUCUUGAUCUUUGGUCUGCUGGUUGCACCGUUGCCGCAACACUGCAUCCUGACCAUACGACGCUGUUCGACUCUGGCGAACUUGGUAGUGACUUGGCUUUGAUACAGAGCGUAUUCAAGAAGCUAGGAACGCCGAAUUUAGAAGUCUGGCCGGAAGCGGCAAACCUUCCAGACUGGGGUAAAGUCCAGUUCUACGAAUAUCCUGCGCAGGCCUGGUCUGCGUUCCUCCCAAAUCUCUCCGAAGUUGAGCAAGACCUUGUCAGCAAGCUUGUUCGAUACGAGAGUGGAGAUAGGUUGCGUGCUAGUGAGGUUCUCGAACAUCCGUACUUUGUCUAGUAGCAUUUAUCGAUAUGCUUGUUGGCACCAGACUCGCUGGCUUCUACAUUGGGGACAUCUAAUAUGCUUGGGGUUAGAGGGGAUGUUAGUAAUAGUUGGUUAUUAGUCUCUACAUAUAUACCA